GAUUUCGAAUAUUGCUGUAUGGAGUUGCUUCCUACCGAAAUUCUCUUCGACAUCGUGGAGCAUCUUUGCAACCGGGAGACCAAGACGCUUUCCCUCGUCAGUAAACGGGUGAGGGACGUUUGUUUACCAGUCUUAUUUCGCAAAAUCAACAUUGAAUUUUCGACCGAGGGUUUUGACUUGUUGGAAAGUCUUCUGAAGUCGAGCAUUCGUCGGUAUAUCGUCUCUUUCCAGUACAUCGUCCCAAAGUUGGUAAAACCUCAGAUACGGAAUUACGAGAUUUUUAGAACAGAGAUCCUUACCCCUGGCCAAUACGUCGAAGCAUGCGAAUACCACGACGACGUCGACAGUUAUGAGGAUUGGGACGAAAUGGAAUAUGUCUCAGGCGAUCAACCUUCUUAUACGCGGAUGUAUAAGACGAUACGACGUACCUGUGCGCGGCAGCAAGAGAUCAUAGAAGCAAGAAGGGAUUCGACAUUGAUGAAGCUCGCAUUUCAACAGCUUUCUAACUUGAAGGAAUUGGUGUUGGUAUUUAGUCAAGCACAAGGCGACGAGGACUGGGAAGAGGAAUACCAAGAGGAGUACGCGAACCUAUCCAAGGGAUUCAGCUCACCAGUCUCGAACAUUUUACCGACCCUAUGGUGGAAAGCCCAUAUCAGGACUCUCUGACGCUUCUUCUCACUGAGCUUGUGAGGCAUGCCUCUAGCCUACGAAUUGUCGAAAGUGAGUUGGCUUUGGGUCUGCUGUCUCGCGCAACUCUAAACAUACGUGAGUUACAUUUGUGCAUGCUUUCUACGAAGUCGUUCCUUGUAGGGAGCUUUCUACGAAGCAACGCGAAGUCAUUGCGCUCUCUCAGUGUUCACGACGCCGAACUCGAUGAUGAAAACGGGGCAGAUUUAACUCCUGCACAUGUUGGUGAUAUGGUCGAUUUGACAAUCGAAAGAGAGAAGUGGUGUGACGGAUUCCCAUGUUCGUGCUCAUUCGGGGAGGGAUGGAGAUUGUUCUUUAGUUCCGACGCUCUUAUUUCUGCCGCGGAAUCCAGGAAAAGGAAACGGCGAGCUUUUAUAGAAGGCCGAUUCUUG